AUGUUUGCCCGAACUGCCGCUUCAAACCUGCUACGGCAGGUCGCACGCCCGCCACCGCUGGCCGCCUCGACCCUCCGAGCGCGCCUCGCGCCCCCGAUGCUCUUCCAGACGCGCUUGCUGUCCGACCAGACGCGCUCCGCCAUCGGUAAGGCCGUCGCAUCGGCGCCCGUGGUGCUCUUCAUGAAGGGGACCCCCGAGAUGCCCCAGUGUGGCUUCUCCCGCGGCGUCAUCCAGAUUCUCGGCUUGCAGGGCGUCAACCCACAAAAAUUUGCCGCCUUCAAUGUUCUCGAGGACCCGGAGCUGCGGCAGGGCAUCAAAGAGUUUUCCGACUGGCCAACGAUUCCCCAGCUCUACGUGCAACAAGAAUUCAUUGGCGGCGCAGACAUUGUCCAGAGUCUGUUCAAGAGUGGCGAGCUUGCCAAAAUGUUUGAGGACAAGGGGCUUCUGGUGUCUGGGGAAGAGGAGCAACAGAAAUAA